UUAGUUGGCUCUUCCCUUUACAAUUACCUAACUUUAGACUCUUUUCCAUUAAGAAAUUUGAUUGUGUGAUAGCACGUGCAUGCAUGCACACUCUUUCUACGAAAAUAUCCUUCAAAUACUUACCCUAAAAAACAAAAAAGAGAAAACUCACAAUUUUUAGCAUAUUUACAAUAUAUAUAUUAUUUUUGGCCAUCUCUUAUAUGGUACACCUAAGUUGUACAUACUCGUACCACAUCAAGAGUUUCCUCGAGAAUCCCCGUGUAAGCUGCUAUUUCCAUCACAUAAAUAACUCUGCAGGUCCACUCUAUAUAAGUCAGGUAACUGUCAACCACUGUCCAUGAGUUCCAAUUUUCUCAGGCACAAAGGAAAGGACUUUGAAAAGAGGCAAAAAAAACAAAAGAAAGAAAAAGAAAGAAUGGGUUCUACUUUUCUAGACCUGAGUUUGAGUCUUAAACCAUCUUAUGUCCCAAAAACCAUAGCCAACUUCUUGAAAGAUCUAUCCAAGAUUGAUAAUCUCUCAGAUAGGUUAAUGUUGUUGAAUGACUAUCUUCAAAGGCAUCAAGAGGAAUUGUCUAAGGUUGAGGCUUUUAGACACCAAUUUCCGCAAUGCAUGUUGCUCCUAUUGAAUGCCAUUGAAACAUUGAAGAGGGAGAUCAUGAACAUAAGAAAUGAUGCAAGAUUUGAGUACAGAGAAGGGCCUCUAAUGGACUUUUUCUCAAUAAAGAGGAAAAAGUACGAGAAUAUGGAAAGGACAAACUCUGACAUAGAAGAAAAGAAGGCCUUUAUGGGCAUUUCUUCUAAGCUUUAUGAGCGCAAUCAUGGGGACAAGAAACAAAAUGUAACAUUACAGUCAUGGAACUUUAGAGAAGGAUCAAAUGCGAUUUCUGCAGCGAACAUGUUUUCAACCAUCAACAACCGGACAAGUUCAAAAAGAUGCGACCAUCAGGAACUUGCAAAAUCUUCCGAUAUUGGCAGCAUGAGCCUCAUGUUCAAUGAUCAACCACUGAAUAUUCAAUCCAAGCCAAUGCCAGUGCCUAUAGUGAAAAGCUGCAGAAGAUCUUGGACACCAAAACUGCAUGCUAAGUUUGUGCAGGCCAUAGAGUAUCUUGGAGGUGUUGAGGUGGCUACACCAAAGCAGAUAAAAGAAGCAAUGAAGGUUGAAGGGCUCACAAAUGACCAAGUAAAGAGCCAUUUACAGAAGUAUCGGCUUAAUAGCAGAAGAGCACCAGCGGACAGCAUUAGAGACCCCAGUUUUCCUUCAGUUUGCUUGGAAAAGUUUCAGGACCCUUGUUCUUGGACAUCCGAAUUUUAUCAUAAUCAAAUCAAACAUUGGACCAGGGAUCCACAGGAGUUGUUUAGUCUUGAUAGUAAUAAGUAGCAACUUAAACUGAAGAUACUGUAAGGCUUAAUUUGGCAAACUUUUUUUAAAUCGGUUUCUUUUUUUCUCCAAAAAAGUUUCGAAGCUGUACUUUUAAAAAUCAUGGUUUGAGAAAAAUUAAGAGUUUCAAAUUCUCCUUAGUUAUCAUGAUUUUGAAAAGUCAAAACAAUUUCAAGAAAAUAAACAAAUAAUUAAAAGCUGAUUCCCAAAAAAAGAAAAACUGUGCCGAAGUGGCCCUAAGUUAAAACUUCAUGCAAUGUUUUAAGCAUUGAUGAGUUGAUAUGGUAUUUAACUAUAGUUAAGCAGUCAUUGCCAAGUGCAUUGUGCAAGUUAGUGUAACAAAUUCUAGUUUAAUUUAUUAAAAACUCUUAUUAAG